UUCCUGCGAAACGCGGUGGCGACGACGGUGGUUCAUGGAGCCCCUUGAAGCAGAGCAUGCGAAGAGCGCCGUUUUGCAGAAGCGAGAAGGCUGGGUCGAAGAGGUCUCGCACGGUGGCGUCAUUCAGUACCGGCACGAAGAGAGCGGACACUGCCAAGCACACCCGCCCGACGACUGGACAAGUCUGCCGCGGGUCGUGCUCGACUCGGAUUCGACGCUGCCGCCGAUCGACGACCUCAUAUCGAGUCGACGACGUAAUAGCGAAGACGAGCAGCCGAUUCCAGAGCUACGCAGUACCCCGCUCGCAACGGCGCUGAGCGAAAAGGAGAAGCAACUCAAGCUCCAAGCGCUCCGGCGACAGAGUCAAUCCAUGACCACCGACUACAUCACGGACAUCGAUCGCUACAACAGCGCCAAGCCAUUCUCGCGCCGGUCCGACAAAACGUUCGAUCCCGAGGCGCGCUGCAUCAUGUGCAAGACGCAAAAGAUCCUAAUGGUCUUCUUCCCGUGUGAGCACAAGUGCGUCUGCAACAAGUGCUUGGACUACCACCCGCCCGUGACCAAGACUAUCGGGAAAGGUGCCCAUUGGCCGCACGCGUGUCCUGUCUGCUACCGUGACGUGACUGUCAUGUUUGAAAACACGGGGUUCGAGGUCGACCACUACUGGAAGCUGGACGAGGUCCCGCAUUUGCCCAACUCGUUUGUGACAUCCUUUAAGCGGGCAGGAAGUCGCCUCAAUACGACGCCCAACAUGGUGUUUCCCGCGCUCGACGAGCUCUGCACGCCCGAGGACGACGAGGCGACGAAUCCCUCUAACGAACCGGGCAGCAAUCAAGCCACCAACGCUGGGCGGCGAAUUCCCCCGCGCCUCAAAGAAAAAACCAAAACGUGUCGCGUCAUGUAGUUGCUCCCGUCAGUUCGAGUCGUCGUAAGGUCCAAUUCACCCUCUAUUUAUUGAAUGCGGC